AUGGAACAAGUCCCUUAUGCAAAUGUAAUAGGGUCAAUUAUGUAUGCCAUGAUUAGCACCAGACCUGACCUUUCAUUUUCUAUGUCAUUACUAAGUCGUUUUAUGUCAAAUCCUAGGUCAGAACACUGGUCAGCCCUUAAAUGGGUUCUGAGGUAUAUUAAUGGCACUUCACAUAUUGGUUUGGAAUAUUGUAAAAGGUAUAAUUCACUUGAUCUUGUGGGCUUUGUAGAUUCUGAUUUUGCAGGGGAUAAAGACACAAGAAAAUCAACCACUGCUUAUGUCUUCACAUUGGGAGGAAACUGUGUGAGCUGGAAAUCUCAACUCCAGCCUAUUGUGGCACUCUCCUCAACUGAGGCAGAGUAUGUGGCUAUUGCUGAUGUUGUUCCUUCAGGUUUAGAGAGACUGGGUCAGGUCAUCUCUAGGGAUUUUUGUCAGGUUUGUGUGAGUGAGUUCUUGAUUGAUCUUUGGAAAGGUGAACCACGUGUUUUCUUUCUCAUUUUCUUGUUUGCACGAGCCACAAAUGCUCAAGAGGAGCGCCGCAUCAAGAUUUUUGACGUAAGAAAAUACGGUGCAGUUGCUGAUGGCCGAACAGACAACACAAAGGCAUUUCGGGAAGCAUGGGACGAUGCAUGUAAAUGGCAAGAGGGGAAGGCUAGGGUUUAUGUACCAAUUGGAACAUUUUACUUAAACUCAGUGACACUUACUGGUCCAUGCAAGAACGCAAUCCAGUUUUUAAUUAAAGGGACGUUGAAGUCUCUUAAUAAUCUGAGAUUUAUGGAAAGUGAUCGAUGGAUAACUUCUAGACAUGCUAAUCGGUUGGUGGUCACCGGAGGCGGCAUAUUAGACGGCCAAGGAUCCUCUGCUUGGACGAGAAAUUCAUGCCGCGAGGGCAGCUCCAACUGCGGAGAAUUUCCAGUUUCAAUAAGAUUCGAGUUCAUCACCAAUUCAAAGGUGAAUGACAUAACAUCACUCGAUAGCAAAACCAACCAUUUCCUGAUGUUCGGAUGUAGCAACAUCAACAUAAGCAACGUCGUAAUAUCAGCCCCCGGCGACAGCCCCAACACCGAUGGAAUCAAAAUCGGAAGCUCAAACAGAAUCAAAAUUUCUCGUACUCAGAUUGGCACGGGUGACGACUGUGUUUCCAUUCUCUCUGGAAGCUCCUACAUCGACAUUUGUGAUGUGUUUUGCGGCCCUGGCCAUGGAAUCAGCGUCGGGAGUCUCGGAAAGUAUCCGAAUGAGGAGAAUGUUUAUGGACUGACUGUGAAGAACUGCACAUUUAGUCGCACGAGAAAUGGUGUAAGGAUCAAAACAUGGGGUUCUUCUUUUGCCAGUAUUGCUGCAGGUUUUACCUUUGAAAACAUUUUCAUGAAUAAUGUCGAGAAUCCUAUCAUCAUUGAUCAACAGUAUUGCCCAGAACCUAAUUGUCUACAGGUCCCCUCGCAUGUCCAAAUAAAAGACAUAACAUACAAAAACAUAUGGGGAGUUUCGAGCACAAAAGUUGCUGUAAAAUUUGAAUGCAGCAAGAGUUCUCCAUGCAAGAAUGUAGCUCUGACUGAUAUCAAUUUAUCCUACAAUGGCGUCGAUGAUGUUACAAUUUCAGAGUGCUCUAAUGUCAACGGAGCUUCUUAUGGCCGACAUUCCCCACCUUCUUGUGUAUAA